CCGCGCUGCCCCCCGGUAGCACCCCGAGCGGCCGCGCUUGCGGCGGCAGCAGCUGCGGAAAGCACAGCGCAGGCCAAGGAGGCGACUCGAGCUGCUGGUGAGGUCGCCCCACGGCCCUCCCCGGGGCAUGCAAGUUGACAAACCAGCCCAAGAACAGGGCUCCCCACUGCUGUCUCCCUGGAGCUCUCUUCCCCUGCGCUACGGAGCUGACCUAUGCGGAAACAUGCCUUGCACCUGCACCUGGAGGAACUGGAGGCAGUGGAUUCGGCCCCUGGCCGUGGUCGUCUACCUGGUGUCCAUAAUGGUCGCCGUCCCCCUGUGCGUGUGGGAGCUGCAGAAGCUGGAGGUUGGAAUACACACCAAGGCGUGGUUUAUCGCCGGGAUCUUCUUGCUGUUGACUAUACCCAUUUCACUCUGGGUGAUACUGCAGCACUUAGUGCACUAUACACAACCCGAACUACAGAAACCAAUUAUAAGGAUUCUUUGGAUGGUGCCCAUAUACAGCUUAGAUAGUUGGAUAGCUUUGAAAUAUCCUAGCAUCGCCAUAUACGUGGAUACUUGCAGAGAAUGUUAUGAAGCUUAUGUCAUUUACAACUUUAUGGGGUUCCUUACCAAUUACCUAACUAACCGAUAUCCAAAUCUGGUAUUAAUACUUGAAGCCAAAGAUCAGCAGAAACAUUUCCCUCCUUUAUGUUGUUGUCCACCAUGGACUAUGGGAGAGGUAUUGCUGUUUAGGUGCAAACUGGGUGUGUUGCAGUAUACAGUCGUCAGACCAUUCACCACCAUCGUUGCUUUAAUCUGUGAGUUGCUUGGUAUUUAUGAUGAAGGGAACUUUAGUUUUUCGAAUGCUUGGACUUACUUGGUUAUAAUAAAUAAUAUGUCACAAUUGUUUGCAAUGUAUUGUCUCCUGCUAUUUUAUAAAGUACUGAAGGAAGAACUGAGUCCAAUCCAACCUGUUGGCAAGUUUCUUUGUGUAAAGCUAGUGGUUUUUGUUUCUUUUUGGCAAGCAGUAGUUAUUGCUUUGUUGGUAAAAGUUGGCGUUAUUUCUGAAAAGCAUACGUGGGAAUGGCAAACUGUAGAAGCUGUAGCUACAGGACUGCAGGACUUUAUUAUCUGUAUCGAGAUGUUCCUCGCUGCUAUUGCUCACCACUACACGUUCUCAUAUAAGCCGUACGUUCAAGAAGCAGAAGAGGGCUCAUGCUUUGAUUCCUUCCUUGCCAUGUGGGAUGUUUCAGAUAUCAGAGAUGAUAUUUCUGAACAAGUAAGACAUGUUGGAAGGACUGUCAUGGGACAUCCUAGGAAAAAAUUUUUUCCUGAGGAUCAAGAUCAAAAUGAACACACAAGCUUGUUGUCAUCAUCAUCACAAGAUGCAAUUUCUGUUGCCUCCUCUGUGCCACCUUCACCUGCGGGUCACUACCAAGGGUUUGGACACACUGUGACUCCCCAGACUACACCUACUACGGCUAAGAUACGUGACGAAAUGUUUAAUGAUGCUGCAGAAGAGAAAAAAGAACAUUCAGCUAAAUCCGUGGCCUCCUGAAGAGCGUGCAGACGCGAACUGUGGUGCCACAUUAUUGCAUUUCCUCGCGGCCCCUUGCUCAGGAUUGUGUGCUUGGGAAAGGCCGUAAGUGAUGGAAUUUCAACUCAGAGAUAGGCAGAAGCCAGGUAGAACUACUGGGUUUAUAUAACUGAGUUUUGUAUAUCAAACGAUAGGUCUAAAUAUCUAGACUUAGACUUGAUUUCUUAACAUUAGAGUAUCACAUACUCAAAUGAUAGGAAAUGACACUACUAAAUGUUCCUGAUGCUACGUUGCUUUAUCAAGAGGAUGAACAUUUAAAAAAAAAAAAUCAAUGCUUCCUAACACUGCUGCAUGAAUAUAAUGCUCUGGAAUUAGCAGAAAGUAAUUCAGAAAUAUCAAUUAGUGGAACUUAAUCAUGUGCCAUAUAUGCUUACCUAACAAUUAUUUCUCUAUUUCUCAACUGGAUGUCUUUCAAUAAAUUAGAAUUUAUCAUUUAUUUUCUGAAACUUUUGUCUCUUUAAUCAAAAACCCUUUAACAAAAAGUUCAUGAGUAGAGGCAAAAAUAAGUAAAAAAAGUUAUGGGUUAAAAAUUAUCUUCCUAAAAGUAUCUUGAGAACUUUAUUUUAUUCACCUUAAAACUUUAUUAUUUAAAAAUCAUAUUUGUGGUACUGUUAAUAGAGUAGUAGAUUGCCCAGGACUUUGAGAUGAACAGAACACCUGGACAGAAAACUGGAAGAAUAAGAAAUGAUAGCUAUGGAGUAUAAAUUUUCUUUGUUGUUCAAGGUGUCAGCAAAUGUAAAUCUAGGCUGAGGAGUCUUACCAAACCACAGAAGACAUGUAAGUGCUAGUGGGGAGAAAUUUACUCAAAAUGAAGUUUCUCUGUUAAUCAAACCUUUGGGUCAUGUCUAACAUUUUAUAAUGCCGGAGUGUAGUAUGUUGUGAAUUUCAAGAGUAAGUGUUGCUUCUCAAAACUUUUGCUUUUAUGUAUUUAUAUGUAUGUGUGCACACACACACCCAUUUAUAAAUUGGUUCACAUUAGUUAAUUAUAAAGUUUUUGUU